CGACCUAGCAGGGGCGACGGAUCAACGACGCUUCCCGGAAGGUGGAAAGCGUCUCACGGGGCCGGUCAGACGAGCCACCUUCGAGACCGCGACGCGAGCGCCGAUCUCAACCGUCCGUCCCGCGUCCCCGACGAUCCGACGGCUGGCGCACGAUGUGGCGCUCCGCCUCGCUAUAAAUCGGACGCCGCUCCGCCGGUCUCGAGCUCCUCCUAGAUCCCACGCCACAGGCAGAGCAGAGCUGAGCUGAGCAGUCUGGCAGAGCGCUCUCCUCCGGCUGACGGCGAUCCACUGCCAUGGCGAUGAGUGACACUGGCUCCAGCUUCGCGAACUGGACCGACGACCUCUACCGCUACGACACCCCCGGCCUGGGCGGCGCGGCGGCGGACUCGACGAUCGUCGCCUCCGCGACGCCGACGAGCCCGGCGUCGGCGGGGUCCGGCGACGGGAGCCCGUCACGGGCGGCGGGCGGGGCCCUGGGCGCGCGGGUGGCGGGCAAGCCGGCGGCGAGGAAGCGGGCCCGCGCGUCGCGCCGCGCGCCCGUGACGCUGCUCAACACGGACGCCAGCAACUUCCGCGCCAUGGUGCAGCAGUUCACCGGCAUCCCCUCCGUCCCCACCGGCCCGUACGGCGGCGCCCCCGUCAUCAACUUCGGCGGGGUCUCCGCCUACGGCUUCGCGCCGCCGCAGCAGCAGCAGCAGCCGGCCGUGUCCUUCGACCGCCGCCUCCACCAGCAGCGGCCGCAGUACACCGGCGCCGCAUUCGGCUACGGCGGCCACCUGCUGCAGCAAGACGUGUUCGCGCACGGGCUCGGCGCCGCGGAGGACCGGAUGCUCCUGGAGAGCAUGCAGGCGGCGCAGAUGCCCGCCGCGCGCGCCGCUCACGACGGCGCUACUGGCUACUUCGCUUGAUCGAUCAAGUGAUUAUUAACUAAGUUUGAAUUUCUUGCCUGGUUUGUUCAUGGUAGUUCGUUCAUCAAUCACCUGCAGCUGUAUGUAAAUACUUGAACGGGAAUUUGGAUUUUGCCUGUGAUUCUUGCCA